GGAAACCGAAGGGAAGCUCAGCUCGCAGUGAAAUCAAAUAAUCAAAAAAGGUACAUCGUGUCCUUUAUGUCUGUAAAUAAAAUCGUUCGAUACAAUUUCUGUUCGUAUAAACAAUGAAACAAAGUGUGUUUUUGUUAACGUUCCUGGUGCUUAUUUCUCUCUGUGUUGCCAAACGGAAAUUCGACGGGGAUUUCGAAUUCGCAGAAGAGGAAAAUAUACCAGAUCGUUCAGAGGAAAAAAAGACAUGGAUGCAUGACGCUUCAAGUGAUCUAUGUAGACCACUGAAAUGCAAAAAGAAAGAAAUCUGCCUGCUUGAAGACGCCUCGACAGCCGUAUGUGUUUCCCGAAAGGAACUUAAGAGAAACGGAGACAUCGUCGUUCCCAAAACGUCAAACAAUGUCAAAUUGAAAAAAGAAGACGACGUAUUUUACGACACCGAAGAAGAUAUCGAAAAUGAAAAUGACUUUUCAACUGAUGCGAUUAUAUGCAAACCGUGUCCAGUUGUGAAACCGAUAUUUUUAUGCGGGGCAGACAAUAAGACCUACAGUUCGUUAUGCAGAUUGGAUUACCACAAUUGUAUACACCGAACGAAUAUAAGAGUCGAUUGUAAAGGUUUUUGUCCAUGUUCACACGGGAAUCCUAAAAGAAACCAGAGACAACUGGAAAAAAUCAAAUACGAAAAUGACAAACAUAAAUCAACAAGAGAAGAGAUUAAAUCCGAUGGAAAGGAUUCCAGGAAAUUGAACAGAUAUCUUAUGAAAUCUGAGUUAUAUACAUACACCCCUCAAGAUUUCAAAUACGAUAACAAACAUUAUAAAUACAUCAAAUAUACCAAACAUAAUAAAGACAACGUUCUGUAUAUAGAAGAUAAAGAAAAACUCAGAGGUUAUAACGAAAUAUUGGAUAACAAGAUAUAUAGUGGAUCGAUUUCUGGUACCCCUGUAUAUCCUUCGAAACAAUGUUCUACGAACGCAAUCGAAUCGAUGGGAGAUCGAUUACUCGAUUGGUUUUCGGUAGUUAUGACUGACGUAACGAGAAGAAGAAAAAGCAAAAAUAAAUCGAAAGUGGCGUUUCCACCAGUUUGUAAAACAGAAGUGAGAUGGAUGUUUCAACAUUUAGACGUGAACGGCGACGGGAUAUUAUCUUUGAAGGAACUCUACGAUUUAGAACACGAUAAAAACGAAAUUUGUUUAAAACCGUUUUUACAACGAUGCGACAUCGACGGAGAUCUCGGCGUUAAUUCGUCUGAAUGGUGUAAAUGUUUCCGAAAAUCGGAAAGACCUUGUAUCGCAGCCAAACACAAAAUAACAGGAGAUAUACAAAAUAUGUUUAUACCGGAUUGUGAUAAACAAGGAUACUAUUUACCCGUACAAUGUCAUAGUGCCAUAGGAAUGUGCUGGUGCGUUGAUAAACACGGCGUGGAAUUCGCUAAUAGUCGUACAAGAGCGAAACCAAAUUGUGAAAACAAUGGGGAUUUCAACACGAAAUAUUCAUCACAAAUUGUUUCGAACGUUUUAAAUUCUAGUGAUGACGAAGAAGAAGAUGAUACAGAUCAAGAUAUCGAGGGUAGCGCCGAUCAUCCGCCAGAUUACUAGAAAUCAGCUAAAAUUGUAGAAAUAGAACAAUAAUAAUAAGCAUCCUAAGUAAUUUCCAGUUUAAAAUUAAAAUUUGUAUGCCUUAGAUUAAAUAUUUCAUAUAAAGGACGCCAAAUAAUUGCUUACAUACAUAUUUUUGUCGUUUUUUAAGUUAGUAGUUUAUCGAUUUAAUCAUUUAGUGAUAUAUAAGUCGCUUCGGGAUGGAGUAAAACGGGCGCGCGAGAAAGUUUUCGCAUAAUUAAAUCUAAAGGCAAUAAAUCAUCAAAAUACGAGUCAACUUUGUUAGAAUCACUCUAAGUCACCUACAAUUUACAAAAAAAACUUGUAUUAUUUUCAUUAAAAAGCUUAAAAAUUGAUAAAAAUCUGUUUUAAUAAUAUCCAAUCUGGCAACGUCGUACAAGAAAACUAUAGGCUUAAAUAUUGUCAAAUUUUCGUUAAAACUUCCAUAUAUCAUAAGAUCAAUACAUUUUAAUACCUCAAAAGAUAAUUAAUUACAGCCUUAAUCCGGAAAAUUUCCUUUGAAACUACUAAAAUUUGUAAUAAAGUUAGAAACAAUUUUGAAUAAAUCAAAGUACCAAUAAAUCCUACAUUAAAACAAAUCCGGCAACAUUGUGUAACCUUACUGAGAGGAACUAACAUUUUAUAUGCUAUGGAACAUUGCCAUAUCUAUGUAUACAAUUUCUUUACAAUAUAUAACUUUUAAUUGUAGAAAUUGAUAAAAAUUACUUCUUAAUACAAUGAACGCAUAAAAAACACUAUAUUACAGUCAUAAUUUCUUAAUCAAUAAAAUCCUUCAUUAAAAAAAUAUGAAAAUACAUCAAGAGAAUUUUGAGUUUUUCAAUAUAUUUGAAAUUAAAUGCAAUAUGACAACGUCGUCUAACCUUGCAAAGAUGAAACGUGAAACAUUGCCAGAUCUACGUCUACAAUUUUCUUAGGGUAAAUAACUCUAAAGGUAGAAAUUAAUAUAAAUUACUUCAUAACACAUUGAACACAUGAAAAAAUUACUUAUCACUUUCAUUUACAGAUUAUAGAACUUUAAAAAAUAUUUAUCAAAAGAAUUCUUAAUUGUUUGAUACAUCUCAAGUUAUCGCAAUCUGGCAACGCUGUAUAACCUGCCUGCAAUGUUUACUAUAAAGAACGAAAAUAUUUGAAUAAGUUUUGAUUUUAAUAAUUCUAAAGAUAUUUAUUAUUGUUUUUUGUUAUGUGAACAUGUUUAUUAAAUAGUAGGAAAAAGUUUGUUUUUGUAGACAGAUUUAAGUUGAAAUAUUUAGAAAUUGCAAUAAAAUAAUUGUGGUAAAA